GAGUGCUCCCCAUUGCACCCUCCUCAUUCUCCAGAACAGAUCCAACGUCUCCUUCCUCUUGGGUUAGAGGCCUCCUUGAGAAGGAAGUUUUGAAACUUUUCAAAACUUCAAAACGCUGGUGAUGGAAAUGAAAACAGAAACUUUGGCAUCUUUGUGCAGGGUGGCAGCGGCAAUGCAGAGGCUCUGGGUCUUCAGCCUGAAACACCUCCCACAGGCGUCGCCCGACCGGCCGAGUGUUUCCACCUUCCUCUAUUGCAGACGGUGACCUGCCGUUGUAGGGGUGACCCGUGCGAUGACCCCUCUCUGCGUGCCUGAUGUCCUUGGGUCGUUCAAGGCUCGCACUCCUUGUAAGGAAGCUGUACUGUGAAAGGUCGCGCCGCUCACUACAUCUGUUGCACCGCCUCCAGCCCGCCUCUCUCCCCGGGCAACAACGGCAAGGCCGCGACUAUUUAACCGGGCUUCCCGUUACCUCUGCCUCACAUUCCGGACAUCCUGGGCUGUGGAAGCCGGGAGCAGGGCUCUGGACCGAAGACAAAGAUGCCAGAGUCGCAGGAAGGGAUAAAAAAGUGCAAGCCCUUUUUUGGUCUCAUUGCCAUCCUGGGCCUAGUUGGUGUGGUUGUGUUGGUGGCUGUGGGUGUGAUGCAGAGCAUGUCGGUUCAACGGAAUCUGAAGUUCGGCAUUGUCCUGGACGCCGGCUCCUCACACACCGCGCUCUACAUCUACCAGUGGCCGGCGGAGAAGAUGAACAACACCGGACUGGUGAAACAGCUGACGUCCUGCAACGUGAACGGUCCUGGGAUUUCCAGUUACUGGAGUAACGUGGAUCAAGCUGGCCUCUCGCUCAAAGCCUGCUUGGACGAGGCUAAGCAGAGUAUUCCUAAGGAGCAGCACAGCGAGACGCCGGUGUACCUGGGAGCCACGGCCGGCAUGCGCUUGCUGAGGUUGCAGAACCAAACUCAGGCUGAGAAGCUGCUGCAGACCGUGGAAAAAUUCAUCGGCUCAUAUCCGUUUGAUUUCCAGGGAGCGCGGAUUAUAAGCGGAGCGGAUGAAGGAGCAUUUGGCUGGAUUACUAUCAACUACCUGAUGGGGAACUUUGGCAUGGUUAGGGCUGGAGGAAAUCCUAACACUUUGGGAGCCUUGGACCUGGGUGGAGCUUCCACACAGAUCUCGUUUAUCCCCGACAGCUUGAUAGAAUCGCAAGAAAACUCCAUGGAUUUCCGCUUGUACGGGAGGAGUUACCACAUGUACACACACAGCUUCCUGUGCUAUGGAAAGGACCAGGCCAUGAAGAUGCUUCUGCAGAGUCUGAUGGUGGAAGACAGUGAAAUCAUUUCCAGUCCCUGUUUCAAUGAAGGAUAUGAGAAGAUCAUCAACGUGUCUGCUUUCUACAACAGUCCAUGCACGCCCAACCCUCCCAGAACAACACACGAGACAGUGAAAGUGAUUGGUACAGGCAACUCUGAGGAAUGCAGAUCCAAUGUCAGCCGUCUACUUAACCACAGCAGCUGCCACUGUAGCACCUGCUCAUUCAAUGGGGUGUGCCAGCCCCCUAUUUGGGGGAAAUUUGGGGCCUUCUCUGCAUUUUAUUACGUGAUGGACUUCUUCAGAAAGAAUGCAUCGCUGGAGAAUUUGGAUCAAGUUCAGGCAGCUGUGCAGAAAUUCUGCAAUAUGCCCUGGCAGGAGGCGAAAAAGGUGUACAAGAUGAAAGAGAAAUACCUGAGUGAAAACUGUUUCUCUGGACAUUACAUCCUCCUGCUCCUCAUGGAAGGCUACAACUUCACAGACAGCAACUGGAACUCCAUUGAGUUUCUGAAAAAGAUCAAGGGAUCGGAUGCAGGCUGGACCCUGGGCUACAUGCUGAACCUCACCAACAUGAUUCCUGCCGAGCUGCCUUAUACUGAGCCCCUGCUGAAUAAGGCCUCCUUUCUGUCCAUCGUGGUCAUCUUCUCGCUCUGUGUCCUGAUCUCGCUGCUCAUUGGCUUCUUUGUAAUGAGGAAGAGACUUUGCAGGGUGGAACAAGGUGCUAGAUUGGGAAAUGCAUGAUUGUGACCACCAGUGCUGUGUGUGGACUGAUUUUGUUUUUGUAAAAUUUGAACUCAGUCUUUUUAGUGACGAGCUGCCUGUGCAGUUUGUCUUGUUUACAUUUCUGCUGUUGAUACGUCUGAGGAUGCCUGUCAGAUCAGGUUUAACCGUGGGGUUAAUGUAGUGCUGAGUCAUUAUAACCCCCCCCCCCCCACCCCCGUCCAGGCCACUGCAGACGAUUGGUCAGGAUAGAGUCUCCGAGGAUGCGCCAGUCUUCCAAAAAAUCAGAUCCUGUGUGACCCAGGAGUGUUGGUGGUGUCCUCUGUUUCCCUGGGUCCCUCCCUACUUCCUCCUCCUUCACACCAAGCUGCUUCUUGCCUGACCAGUACUGAUUUCCUACCAAUAGGAAAUUCAUUUCCCUGGACUCAUUGCCCCCUGCUACCCUGGGUCUUCCGAGCAUUACCCCAAUCCCCAAACUCCAACACAGAGCUCCUCUACCUCACAGUCUCCUCAACACAUCCCAUCCUCCCCUGCUAUGUUAACACUCCAGACACCCAACACUGUCCUAAAGAAGCAACAACUUCUCCCCUGAGGUUUCCCCUCCUCAAGUCUCUUCCCCCACUAUAAUUCCCUUCCGCUUUCUCCUCUCCAUGACCACUGCGCUUCCUAACCUCCAGCAGGGCGUCUAAGAAUGGCUCUAGAACUUGUAGUCUUCACUCUGUGGGACCUGCAUCUCUGGUCCUGGCACCACGCUGGCUCAGGAAUAUAGGACACCCCAAGCACUGAAGGACUUCCUGUACCAGGACUCCCUAAGUUCAAGGAACUUGAUGCACUUCUCUUCAAGAUGAGAGGAACUCCAGCAGGUCUCAGGAAACUCGGCACCACCCAAGACAAAGCAGCUUCUGUAAAUAACGUUCCACCCACCAUCCUAAACAUUCCUUCCCUCCUCCAGGGGUGUUGACCAAGUGCACUGAAGUUACUUCCCCAACAGUACGUGCCGAGCACUCCACCAUGGGAACAUUAUCAGCUCCAAAUCCGAUGCCAGGAGAUCCACUUCACUUGUCCUUCAUUGUCCCUCACACCACUGUGGAGCACCUUUGCCAUACAGGCUGAGAAGGUACCUCAUCACAAUGUUUCCCUCUGGAAUGUACAAAGAAUUCUGGCCUUGCAUUGAAGCCCAGGGAGAACAUCUUGUCUUGUGAACACUUGUUACAAUGGCUUUAAGCUUCCAUUGCAUGGAGAAAGCCUUGACUUCUCGUUACAACACGCUGCUGGAAUCUGGAACUCUGCGUAUCAAUAAGCUCCUCUGGAGAAAGGAUUGGGUUGAUGCAUCAGAGCAAUAAUGUUCCAUCAGAAGAAAUGGACUGUUUAUGGGGAAACUCCACUCCCGGUGCUUUUCAACGUCUUGUUAUCCCUCCAAUCAAAGCCAAUGCCCAGCCAAGGGGUUGGUGUAACUGCCUUGCUUUUUUCCCUGUUUGUAGAACCAAAUAUUUCACAUACCUUUGCUCCUGUUUUACUCAACGAAGGGUAUUCCAUGGAGGAUUUGCAUGAAUGAGCUCAGCUAUAGAGAGAACACUGCUUGGGGAACAGUGACAUUCACUGCCAGUCUGACAUGAGCAUUGCCACGAUCAACAAUCAAGGGCUUUCUGGCUGGAUGUACAGUGACACAGUUUCACCUGGAAAUAAUUAGAUAUGGUGCGCUGUAGAAUAAUGCCCUCUGCUGGUUGCAGUGACAUCCCACACCUAAAUUUCCAGAGCAAAUUGUUGAGAGAGGCUGCCCUGAAAUGAGGUUGUCUUAGAUCAAUGAAAUCAGGCUGCUGAAAAUACUCAGCAAGUCAGGCAGCCUCUGAGGUGGGAGGAACAGACUGAGAAGCAAUGAAGCAUUGACACUCCCUGUCUCUGUUUCUCUCUCCACAGAUGCUGCCUGAUUUUAAAAAAAAUAUUUCAGGUCUCCAGUAUCUACAGUUUUCUGCUAAUGGAGUCAAGAGUCAUACAGCACAGAAAUUGGCCCUUUGGCAUGACAUGCUCGUGCUGGCCAUGUGGUCCUUUUAGCUGUCUCAUAUUUGACCAUUGCACUUGGGCCAAAGUUUCCUUUGGCAGCUCUGUCUAUAUACCCUCUGUAUAGGGAAAUUGUUCCCUUUAAGUCUGUACCUUCUCACCAUAAACCCAUGACCUCUAGUUUUAGACUCCCCUACUCUGGGAAGAGGACUCGUGUCAAGAAUGUCACCUCUCAGCCUCCAGAGAGAAUGAAUGGUCCUGUCUUUCUAACUCAAGCCUUUCAAUGCUGGGAUCUUUCCUGCACCUCCAGACCUUCAAAGCAAUGAGGUACUGCAGCAGAGUUUGUGGAGCCCACAAACAACAGUGGAAACUCACAACUAAAUUCUUAAAUUCACACAUGCUAAGUUUAGAUAUACAUUUAGUAUGGGAAGCUGUACUCUUAUACAUCCGAUAUCAUCCUAUCCACCGGUGCACUAGUUAACCUGUUGCUCACAGCACCCCCAGGAUGAGCAGAUGGAAAGCCAGCUUAUGUCAAAUGCCAAGAUGAACAGGCAUAUUCACGUUCCACAGUGACCUUCAGAGCAGAAUCAAAAAUCAACCAAACUUGCUGAGACAUUUCCCAGUUACUGAUGAAAUUCUGUAUUUUUAUUUUUGGUGCCAAAGUUUGAAUAACAAUCCUUUUCAAUAAAAUAUUCUC